AUGUGACAGUGUUUCUCCUUCUGUUUAAUGUGUACAAAAACCAAAGUACAAAGUAUAAUACAAAUUAUUGCUGUACAGCGGAUUAUAUAACUGAAUAUUUUUUUGAUAGCGACUCAAAGAAGUCACGUCGCCUGACCAAGACAUAGUCUGGUACGUAAUUCCUGAAACAGCAAGUUAUCAUUUUUAUACAUCAGUAUUUGCACAGAUGAGAUAAUGUUGAUUGGUGAACUUCAGUGAUGCUGGUAACUAGAUCUUGUUACCUACCCAGGCUAUCUGUUUCCCCCGUUUCCAGUCUUUAUGCUAAGCUAAGCUAAACAAAAGCUUAUGGUUGCUUCAUAUUUAGCAUAAGACUUGAUUAUAGCACCAUUUUUCAAAUCUAACUCUAAGAAAGUGAAUAAGUGUAUUUCCCAAAGGUCAGGGUUUCCCAUAAAGGUGUUUGACACCAAAAUCAACCAAAAAUAUUUAUUACAAGGCUGGGAAUUAUUUAUUUUAAUUUGCUUUUCAUUAUUUUUAAAUUUCCUCCAGGAGGCACCAAUGUGCAGUUAUGUAGAUAUAUAUAUGUAUGUGUAUUUGUGUGUAUAUGUAUAUGUAUAUAUAUAUACAUAAAUACAAGGCAGUUUUUUUUUUAAGAAAAAAGGGAAAAUAAAAAAGAGAAAUUUGUUCCUCCCUCUUCUGGUGGCCACCAGUAAAUGAUGCAAUAUAAGACUUCAUGUUACCACGGAAACCACCAUGGAGAGGCUCACAGGGGACCAUGCCCAACUCCACUGACCAAUCACCUUUUAGCAGCAACAACUACUGCCUGUGACAACUGCAACAUCAGUUGCCAUGACUACAGGAGCCAGCUCUUCACACUGCAGCAGCAAAGCCAAGGACACGCCCCCAGACCCCAUGUGACCUGAUGUAGAAGAUUUGAUUGGAGGACUGAGGCACUUGGCCAUUGGCUGUUUUAUUAAAUGUGGCAGCUAGUGUUUUAAUAGAAAAAAGAAUAAAAUAAAUAUUCUGGUAAUGAAACUGAAGAAUGAGCCUGGGAUGUUUUUAUGUGUGGGUUUGUGUUAAUGUGGAACAAGUGUUUUUCAGGUUCCUGGAGAUCCGAUGAAUAUUCUUGUUUUCUUCUUUUUGCCUGUUGUCUCAAGAGCAUGUCACCUGGUAUGUGCGCUGCUACAUACAAAGGCUCUGGUGCAGGGGCCCCGUUAGAUCUUCCCACAGAGAGACAGCUGCAUAAAAACGCUAUUAAACACGAAGGAUCUGAGAUAACAAGAAAGAAGGUCUGUCCACAGACUUUCGGCCCCGGAGCGUGUGAAUAUAAUUUGUCUGAAGCGACUCUUUAAUAUUCAGCGUUCCGGGGUUGAACGACACAAACCGAAGGACGAGGCCGCCGGAGGAUAAACACAGGCAGUAGAGUCUGAAGUAGAGAGGGAGGGGGGAUAAAUGAAGCCGGAGGGAGAUGAAACGGACAGAAAGCAGCUGCUGUUUGAACUCAGCAGUUUCUGAACGAGGAGGCGAACCGCUGCGCCUCCAUCUCUCUCUGCCUCCUCAUCCAGCCUUCUCCUCCUCCUCCUCCUCUCCAUGCCGGCGGAGGUCUCCGCGGGGCUGCCAUGGCGAAGAUCCGGGUGUCGUACGAGUACUCCGAGGCCGAGGACAAGAGCAUCCGGCUGGGGUUGUUCUUGAUCGCCUCCGGGAUCCUCAGCCUCUUCAUCCUGGGAUUCUGCUGGCUCAGUCCGACCCUGCAGACCCUCCAGAGCAAGCCGGCCAACUGCACGGUGGUUUCAAUGCUGCAUCCAGAGGAGAUGUUCGAGUGUGUGUUCACAUGUGGUGCGGACUGUAAGGGGACGUCGCUCUAUCCCUGUCUGCAGAUCUUUGUCAACAACUCGGAGUCAAACUCUGUGGCUCUGCUGCACUUCAACGAGCAGCAGCUGGUCCUCAACCCCAAGUGUUCCUAUGUCCCUCCCUGUGAGAGGGACAACCAGAAGAACAAAGACAGCGUUCUGUGGUGGGAGGAUUACUUCACCAAAGAGGUCAGCAACGAGUCCUUCACCUGCUUCUUCAACCAGCAGAGGAGGCCCGACGACGUGCUGUGGCGCCGCUCCCAGGACACCAGCGUCCUGCUGCACUGUGUGCUCUGGCCGAUGGUGUCGUUCCUUCUGGGCACGCUCAUUGUUCUCCUGACGGUGUGUGCUCGCUCCCUCGCCGCCCGAGCCGAAGCCCUGCAGAAGAGGAAGUGCUCUUACGAAGUUUGCCAAGACCCAUUGGCCGUGCCCUCAGAUCGCCGUGGCAACAAGGCCAGAGACCGCCUCUCGAGGAACUCUGACCCCGACCUGUCGUCACCAUCAAGGACCGUCCCACUGUUUGCGGUGCCGGUGCGACGGCGUGAUCGUGAACAUUAACACAGGACAGGAAGUUGUUUUCAUGCUAUGAAAUCAGUCCCUGAGGAUGCGGACGGGCUGAGGACGCCACCAACAACCCAGGGCUCUGUGAAAUGUUAAAACAAGAAGAAGAGGGGAACUGUAGAUUUCAACAGAGAAGUGUCAGCACCUUUCCGCUGACUCGAACCGGAACUGGAUCAGUGACGACUAACGGAUGUGAUGGAGUGGUUAUACACAGGCAGCAUGAUGACACCAGUGCUGUGACAGAUGUGAACCUGGUCUCGACCGUAGCUCUUCUACUAAUGUAGUUUUCCUUUGAGUCCCAGUAGCCAUACGUGUUUCUAAACAGAGAGCCAAAGUCCAGAUGUCAGCUUCGGGCUCGCCUCUGAAAAUAAACCGGAAUCCUGGAGUCACUGUUGAUUUUCAGACAGCAGUGAGCAUCAGUGUUCAUUUGUUAGCUUCCAAAAAAAAAACUACAGCUCCAAUGAGGUUUACCAGCACAAGGCAAUAACUGUUGCUUCAUCUACACCCACAGCAUCCUUCCACCGUUUCAGCUGGCUCCCUGGUUUUACUCAGCCACCUGCAAACAUGGGUUUGGGUAUUACAACUAAGGGAGUACACUGAAGUUGAUAAUGAGGAGAUUUUUCAGUCUGACCUCUGAAAUGGGACAGCUUUGGACUAAAAGGAGCCAUGUUGGGGCUCUGACCCGUAUGUGAAAAUCUGUAGAAGCUGAAUUUGAGAGAUGAGAACACAUGGCCGGUGCCUUCAGCAGUAAUGAGGACAAAAUCUAGACCAUGUGAAUAAAGUAGGGUGAUUUUGUAAGUCCCUGUGGUGCAGAUGGGUCACGGCUGUUUAGAGACAAGGUUAAAUCAGAUUCUCAGUGUCUGGUCGGCAAAAGAACAGGAACGUAAAGUUGUACAGGUAGCAGCGUGUUUAGUCCUCUGUUUACUGCAGUGAUCGACUCAUCGGCUUCCACGUUCUUGACCAUCCGCUUGGUAAUGUCACCACUGAUUCAGCUUUGUGUAGCAGUCCAGACUGAACGCCGACGUCUCAUGGUCAAACGCUGAGCUGCUUUUCACUAGUUUUGUUGUACCUACUGUAUGUUGGUGUUUAGAUCAGCAAUAAGGCCUGAUACUAACUUUCAGUUUUUAAUUCCAUCUGUCUAGCAGGACGAUUUUCACAGGAGCUGCUUCUGAAAGUGGAGCUGCCUCCUCGCAGUGUGUAGCACACGUCCGACCUGUAACUCUAGACCCCCUGCUAUCACUGCACUAUAAUGUGUGUCUCUGUGAGUUUAUAUUUUUUCUACAGGUAGAACAUGUUGUCCUCCACAGGUGGAGCUUUAACUGUCUGUGGUACCACUUUGUGAUCAAACACUGUUUACAAAGGGUUUGUGUGUUGAAAUGAAUGGCUUUAUUAAUGGUAAUGCAUUAUGUUGUUUUAUAUAAAUGGGAGUUGUCAUAAGAAAUCUGACGAGAGUUAAUGUCACCUUCUCGAUUUCUGUUCAAUAAUCAGUCUCAUGAAAAAUCUUCAAAAGGAGAAGCGGCACUGAGAAAAUGUACAACAACAAAAGCAAGUACAACAGCGUUCAAGUUUGGCAGUGCAUGACCUUCAUGCCCGGCACCCGAUUCAUCCUGCAUCACAGCCAGGUUUUAAUCUUCGGCUGCCGUCUCCAAAUUUCUCCCACCACCUUUCCAACAGUCUAAAAAUGACCUGGCGUGAAGCAACGCGUUGCUUAGCAACAGCCACUAGGCCGAGCAGCAUCUCUGCCAAUGAAAAGUGAACUGGGUGAAGCGGUCGCUGUGCACACUGACUGUUGCUGUAAAUACAUCUUUUGCUCCUCAGGUUCAGCUGUCUUAUCUCCACGUUCUUUGCUUCAAAUGUUGCUGUAGCUCAUUUUGUUUACGCUGCUCCUCAUGGACAAGUUUGACCCGUGUUGAUGUUUGUGUCUCAGAUUUGUGUCAGGUGUUUGAUUUUGACCUGGUCAGGAGUGUAAACCUGUAAGACAUUCUUUAUUCAUUACUCCUCAGGCAGAAUGUGCAGAAACAACCUUUGAAAGUCUCAGUAGUUUUUUGAUUUUUGUGCAAAACUCUGACUCAUAGAGUAAACACACAAACACAUUAGCUUGUUCCAUAUAUAGAGCUGUAUCUAUGAAACGACCGGAGCCCCGAGGGAAGCAAAGGCCUUUUUUUGAGUUUCUGGUGCAUAUGAGAAAGUAUGGGUUACCCCAGCAGUGCACGUGAACACCUGCCACACAGCGGGUACAGUGACAAACUAUCUGGCAUAGACAUUUAUGGACAGAAAGAUUUUCCUCCUGUUCUUUGUCAUUUCUCAGGCAUGGGACCUGGUUCUAACCUCUGGUGUCCAUGAACUGUUUGCUGUGGCCAGAGACUUGUAGGUAAAAGUAUUUGCCCACAUCCCAAAGCAGAGCUCCAUAAUCCCUAACUAAGACAAAAGGCAAACGUGUGUCAUUCAGGUGCAUUUUGUAACCUGAUGUGACAGAUCCUCCAGGCGCAGCUUGAAGUGACUUUAGACAGGAAAACAGUCAGUGCCAAGGAAUCCAACAAGUCACCUUUUUCCUGGUUUACCUUCCUUUAUUCCUUUUGACCUUCUUUACUACCUUUUCUCUUCUUUCUUCCUUCCUUCC